CUACCCAAUGGACAGUAUGUCGAUUACUAAUACGCCGACAAGUAACGACGCUUGCCUGAGCAUUGUUCACAGCCUGAUGUGUCAUCGGCAAGGAGGGGAGAGCGAAACGUUUGCUAAACGGGCAAUUGAAAGCUUGGUGAAGAAGCUGAAGGAGAAGAAAGAUGAGUUGGAUUCUUUGAUCACAGCCAUUACGACCAAUGGAGCUCACCCUAGCAAAUGUGUUACGAUUCAGAGAACAUUGGAUGGAAGGCUUCAGGUGGCCGGUCGCAAAGGUUUCCCUCACGUAAUUUACGCUCGGCUAUGGCGGUGGCCCGAUCUCCACAAAAAUGAACUCAAGCACGUCAAGUAUUGCCAGUACGCUUUUGACUUGAAAUGCGACAGUGUCUGUGUGAACCCGUAUCAUUACGAACGUGUUGUGUCACCUGGCAUCGAUCUUUCAGGACUGACCCUGCAGAGUUCUGCACCAUCCAGUAUGUUGGUGAAAGACGAAUACGUUCACGAGUUUGAAGGGCAGCCGUCGCUGUCAACCGCCGAAGGCCAUUCGGUUCAGACGAUCCAGCACCCUGCGAGCAACAGGGCACCCGCGGAAAAUUACAACACCCCGGCCAUGUUGGCUCCAUCUGAGUCUAGCACUACCAGCGCCACCAGUUUCCCCAACAUUCCCAUCGCUUCCACAAGUCAGCCCACCGGUAUGUUGCCAGGCGGCCACAGCGACGGACUGCUACAGAUUGCUUCUGGGCCUCAGCCAGGAACGCAGCAGAACGGCUUUGCAGCUCAGCCGGCCACUUACCAUCACAACAGUACAACAACUUGGACUGGGAGUCGAACCGCUGCCUACACCCCCACCAUCCCUCAUCAUCAGAACGGGCAUCUUCAGCAUCACCCACCCAUGCCCCAUCCUGGACAUUACUGGCCAGUUCAUAAUGAACUUGCAUUCCAGCCUCCUAUAUCCAAUCACCCUGCUCCAGAGUACUGGUGUUCGAUCGCUUACUUUGAGAUGGACGUGCAAGUAGGGGAAACGUUCAAGGUCCCUUCGAGCUGCCCGAUUGUUACCGUCGACGGAUACGUGGACCCUUCGGGAGGGGACCGUUUUUGCCUCGGGCAGCUCUCCAACGUUCACAGAACGGAAGCCAUUGAGAGGGCGAGGUUGCAUAUAGGUAAAGGUGUGCAGCUGGAAUGCAAAGGCGAAGGCGACGUCUGGGUUCGGUGCCUCAGCGACCACGCGGUCUUUGUUCAGAGUUACUACUUGGAUCGAGAAGCAGGACGCGCCCCAGGAGAUGCGGUUCACAAAAUUUAUCCAAGCGCAUACAUCAAGGUGUUCGACUUACGCCAGUGCCAUCGCCAGAUGCAGCAGCAGGCGGCCACCGCGCAGGCGGCUGCAGCAGCUCAAGCGGCCGCAGUGGCGGGAAACAUCCCCGGGCCAGGGUCUGUAGGGGGAAUCGCUCCUGCUAUCAGCUUGUCAGCGGCGGCAGGGAUCGGCGUAGACGACCUCCGCCGCCUGUGCAUCCUCCGGAUGAGCUUCGUCAAGGGCUGGGGCCCCGAUUAUCCGCGGCAGAGCAUCAAGGAGACGCCGUGCUGGAUCGAGAUCCACCUGCACCGCGCCCUCCAGCUCCUGGACGAAGUCCUUCACACCAUGCCCAUCGCGGAUCCGCAGCCUCUCGACUGAGGGGCCCGGGC